AUUGGGCUUCCUUCCUGCCUGCCAGGUUCCUCGAACGCUUGUCCAGCUAUCCCUGCUUAAUUUGAAUGUCUGCUAAAACUAUUAUCCACUGCCACGCUGGACGCAUUUCAUGCAAAGCAAAUACGUGAUACUCUCAUCUAACCGCUCUCACGUCUUGACGAUGUCAAGUCUCUCAUUAUUUAACGCUAUGUACGCGACUGUUGCACAUCAACCUGAUACCCACAGCUGCAGUUGGACUGGUCGCGUAUUUAACCCGCACGAUAUUCAUGGCCUUUUCUCGCCAUGUUGGCCUCCUGGCGUUUGUCGCUGGAUGCCGUUUGCCUUCUGGCGUCCUGGCUCUCUGGCCAAUCCCAACUACCCUCGAGACCGGGAUGACCGCCCUCACGAUCUCCCCUUCGUUCUGCUUUGACAUGCAGGUUACAGGCGCGCCGGCGGAUUUAUACGAGGCAGUUUCACAAUCGCAAUACUAUCUCGAAAACGACAAACUUGGACGUCUCGUCGUCGGACGCGGCGCAAAUGACGCUGCCGCGCUUGCUAGCGCGAAAACUCUUUCCAAGGUGACGCUGUCUCUCACGAGCGGUGCUACCGCAGAGCCCAUUGCUUCCGAAGCUGUGAAGCCUCUGGGCACCCGCAGCGAGGAGUAUGCCUUGACGAUUCCAGCAGAUGGCUCGGCUGCUACUUUGACGGCGAACUCGACCUUGGGUCUAUAUAGAGGGCUCACUACUUUCAAUCAGCUUUUCUACUAUUACGGAGGAGUAACCUACACUUUGCUGGCCCCAAUUAUUAUCACGGACACUCCUGCAUAUCCCUUCCGAGGAUUAGCACUGGAUACCUCGAGGAACUACUACCCCGUUGCUGAUAUUUUGCGAACUUUGGACGCGAUGAGCUGGGUCAAGAUCAACACUUUCCACUGGCAUAUCACAGAUAGUCAGAGCUUCCCGCUCGAAAUCGCACAGUACCCCGAGCUGGCGAUGAACGGUGCAUACUCUGCUCAAGAAGUUUACACCGCGAGUGAUGUACAAUACAUUGUCCAGUAUGCUGCUGCAAGAGGUAUUGAUGUUAUGAUGGAAAUCGACACACCUGGCCACACUGGUAUUAUUGCAGCUACUUACCCCGAAUACGUCGUGUGCUUAAACGAGCCCCCUGGUGCCGCCGAGCUUCGUUUCGCACUCCCCGAGGUCAUCAACUUCACUGCUUCCAUGCUCUCCGAUGUCGCAAAGACCCUACCUUCAUACUACUUCGCCACUGGCGGCGAUGAAUUGAACACGAACUGUUACGCCAACGACUACCUCACGCAGCAGCAGCUCAACAGCACUGGCAUGACGCUGAAUGGUGCUCUAGACGCGUUUACGCAGACUACUCACGGAGCACUUAUUACUGAGGGAAAGACGCCGGUCGUAUGGGAAGAUAUGGUCCUCGACUGGAACAUUACACUCUCAAAUGAGACGAUCGUGAUGGUCUGGAUUUCUUCUGUGGAUGCUGUAGCAGUGGCAGAAAGGGGCUUCAGAAUCGUUCAAGUACCAUCAAAUUACUUUUACCUGGAUUGUGGUGCCGGUGCAUGGGUAGGAGACGACCCAGCUGGAAAUAGUUGGUGCGACCCCUUCAAGACCUGGUCCAAGGCAUAUACCUUUGAUCCGUUGGCAAACUUGACCGAGGCGCAAUACGGACUUGUUCUCGGAGGCGAGCAAAUUUUAUGGAGUGAGCAGUCUGGUCCCCAAAACGUGGACCCCAUCGUGUGGCCGCGUGCUGCAUCAUCGGCGGAGAUUUUCUGGAGCGGCAAGCAGCCCACUGGCGCCGCACUAAACGUCACCGAGGCACUUCCUCGGUUGCAUGAUGUCCGGUAUUGGAUGGUACAGCGCGGGAUCAAUGCCAUUCCACUUCAGCCGCAUUGGUGUGCGAUCAGGCCAGACGCAUGCAAUUUGUACGCUUGAGAACGUAUGCAAACUAUGUACGACAGUUGGAACCCAGACUACUACUAUGAGGGCAACGCAUUCCGCUCGCUGUUCGUCUGUCAUCAACACUGCAGUGCAGAAAAUCGGGCAGGGACAAUUUGACAGCGCCAAAAGUAAACUUCGGUUAGGACUUACACACCUACUUAUAGCUUGACUGCCUCAUUACAUAGUACUUUUAUUUUAUUAUUAUUAUUAUUAUUAUUUAAUUCAAAUUUAUUGUCCGUUGGGG